AUGCCAAAACGAAAGCUACAAUCGUUAUCAUUACGUGAAAAACUGCAGUUAAUAUCCGUUUAUGAAAGUGGGAAGACACGCGAAGAAGUUUGUGCUGAAUUUAAUGUGCCAAAAUCUACUCUUUGUAGAAUAAUUCAGAGUAAACAUAAAAUUGAAUCACAAUGUUCUGAAGGACAAGGAAAACUAAAACGUGUACGUUUAUCAGAAUAUCCUGAACUUGAACUGUGUUUGCUAACAUGGGUCAAGCAACUUCGUAACAAAAACGUUCCGGUAAGUGGACCGAUGAUUAAAGAAAAGGCACAAGAUUUCGCGCGAAGGCUCGAUAUUCAUAAUUUUUGUAGCAGCAAUGGUUGGAUGGAAGGAUUUAAUAAAAGAAACGAUAUAGUUUUCAAAGCAAUUUGUGGAGAAAGUAACGCUGUUGAUGUUAACAAAUGUAGCCAAUGGAUUGAAGACCUACCACUUCUAUUACGCAAUUAUUCUGCUGAUGAUAUUUUGAACGCAGACGAAACGGGUUUAUUUUACAAUUGUUUACCCGAUAAAACUUUUACCUUAAAAGGUGAGUCUUGUCAUGGCGGGAAACUCAGUAAAGAGCGCAUUACAAUACUUCUAGGUGCUAACAUGUCAGGAACUGAAAAGUUGCCUAUCCUAUUAAUCGGAAAAUCCAAGUCUCCGCGAUGUUUCAAAGGUGUUAAAACUUUGCCUGUGAAUUACCAAAAUAAUGAAAAGGCAUGGAUGACAUCCAUUAUUUUUUCUGAUUGGUUGAGGAAUUUAAACCAAGAAAUGAAAGCCCAGAAGCGAAAAAUUUUAAUGUUUGUGGACAAUUGUACUGCUCACAAUAAUAUGCCCGAGCUAAGCCACAUUAAACUCGUGUAUCUGCCUGCGUAUACCACAAGUAAAUUGCAGCCAAUGGAUCAAGGCAUCAUCGACAAUUUCAAAAUUUAUUACAGAAAAGAAGUUGUUCGACAUGUUAUUAAAUCUACAGAAGACAAUCAGUGCCCACAAAUCGAUGUUCUUCAGGCGAUGAGGUUUGCUAGGAAAGCUUGGUUUUCUGUGACCAAAACUACUAUAGCAAACUGCUUUAAAAAAUCUGGAUUUAAAUCUGAAGUAACUGAAGCUGAAAGCUUACAGCCAACAUUCCAAGAUUUUAUAAACGUCGAUGACGGUUUAAUAGUUUCAGGAGAACUUAAUGAAAGCGACAUUGUUCAUGCCUUCUCGUCUUCUUCAUUUUCCAAUGAAGAAGACGAUGAAAUGAGCGCGGAAGUAAAUUUAGUAAAGAUUUCUAAACACGAAGCAGUAAAAGCACUAGAAACUUUGCACAGUUAUUUUGAAAUGUCAUCAAUUGGUGACCCAAGCAUAUUUGAUAAAAUUUAUAACAUCGAAAAACAUCUGAUGGCUGAUACUUCCAAACGACAAACUAAAAUGACAGAUUUUUAUAAUUGA